AUGGUUCCAUCUGCUACUUCAGAGAAUCCAGACUUUGUGCCAGUGACGAAAUGGCCUACCCUCCACGAAAUGGCUGACGGCUUUGGGGAGCACCUCAUGCCAGCAUCCGCUAAGCUGCAGGGUAAAUGCUUCGAACAUACCUACAACAACGGUUGGAAGAUCUCUCAUGACUUUGGGGCGGACACUGUUACGUGGAAGAUUUUGGAGGGAGAAGGAGCAGGCCUCACUGCCCCAGCCAAGUACAAGGCAUAUGAAGUGCGACCAGAUAUUUUCUUCGUCGACUUCUUCAAGCCCACCUACGAUGAAGUAGUCAGUCUGAUCGUCGACACCGUCACUGGACAGGCUAUUGCCGGUGUGUCAAGCUUCAAGGAUGAGAACGGUGAGCGACGAACUGCCACGUCUUUCAUCAACGCAGUCACAUUUGGAGAUGAGCGUGUCGAGCCAUUCCCAGUCACCGAUGAGCUCAUCGGAAAGCACAUCCUUUAUCGAUACACUCCUCGAGACGCUUAUGAACAUGUUUAUCUCAACAAGGGCACCAUGACCUGGCAUUGUCUCAGCGGAACGGAAGAGGGCAUUGCAGAUGCUGAGAAGUGCCAGAUGCUCAAACUGGGAGACAGUUUGUACAUGUUGUUCUGGACUGAGACAGUCAUGCCAGUUGAGUCGAUUGUUGUUAUUGAUUUGGAGAAUAUGAGGUCGACAGGGCGUUUUUACUGUUGGGAUCCAGAGCCGAAGGAGGCUGUUCAUGUGCGAGGUAGCUUGUAA